UUCUGCGAGGAGUUCAAGGAGAAGUGCCCCAUCUGCGUGCCCUGCGGGCUGAAGCUGGCAGAGAAGACGCAGACGGCCAUCGUCCGGCACUUCGGCCUUCAGAUCCUGGAGCAUGUGGUCAAGUUCCGCUGGAACAAUAUGCCUCGCCUAGAAAAAGUUUAUCUAAAGAACAAUGUCAUGGGCCUCAUAUCCAGUGGAACUCAGAGUAUUCUGGAGGAGGAAAGUCACAUUAAGGAUGUUCUGUCUCGCAUUGUGGUGGAGAUGAUAAAGCGCGAAUGGCCUCAGCACUGGCCUGACAUGCUGAAGGAGCUGGAUACCCUCUCCAAGCAAGGGGAAACUCAGACGGAAUUGGUGAUGUUCAUCCUCCUACGUUUAGCAGAGGAUGUAGUGACUUUUCAAACUCUGCCUACCCAGCGGCGACGAGAUAUCCAGCAAACCCUCACUCAGAACAUGGAGAAGAUCUUCAGCUUCCUCCUAACUACCCUGCAGCAGAACGUCAACAAGUACAGACGCAUGAAAACUGAUCUGACUCAGGAGCCAAAGGCCCAGGCGAACUGCCGCGUGGGGAUAGCAGCACUCAACACCUUGGCUGGCUACAUUGACUGGGUGGCCCUGAGCCACAUCACAGCAGACAACUGCAAGCUCUUGGAGAUGUUGUGUCUCCUCCUAAACGAGCCUGAGCUCCAAAUAGGAGCAGCAGAGUGUUAGGAAAGUGAGUUCUUCCUCCUCUACAUCUCUGGCUUUGGCAAGCUGGAGGAUCGGAAGCCUCUGAUGGUCUUGUUUGGAGAUGUUGCCAUGCACUACAUUCUCUCUGCUGCCCAGACAGCUGAUGGAGAAGGCCUGGUGGAGAAGCACUAUGUUUUCUUGAAGAGACUUUGCCAAGUUUUGUGUGCAUUGGGCAGCCAGCUGUGUGCGUUAUUAGGCUCAGAUUCUGAUGUUGAAACACCACCCAACUUUGGAAAAUACCUUGACUCUUUUUUAGCCUUCACAACCCAUCCCAGCCAGUUUCUGCGCUCUUCUACCCAGAUCACAUGGGGAGCCCUCUUUCGGCAUGAAGUUUUGUCUCACGACCCCUUGUUGCUGGCUAUGAUUCCCAAAUACCUCCGAGCAUCUAUGACCAACCUGGUGAAGGUGGGCUUUCCCUCUAAAACAGACAGCCCCAGUUGUGAAUAUUCCCGCUUUGAUUUUGACAGUGAUGAGGACUUCAAUGCCUUCUUCAACUCUUUCCGAGCCCAGCAAGGAGAGGUGAUGAGGAUGGCAUGUCGCCUGGACCCUCGAACUGGCUUUCAGAUGGCUGGUGAAUGGCUGAAGUACCAACUCACAACUCCUGUUGAUACUGGACCCAUGAACUCUAAAACAGGCGAAGGUCUCUGCUCCAUCUUCUCUCCAUCCUUUGUGCAGUGGGAUGCCAUGACCUUCUUCUCGGAGAGUGUCAUCAGCCAGAUGUUUCGAACCCUGGAUAAAGACGAAAUUCCAGUGAAUGAUGGCAUAGAUCUGCUGCAGCUUGUCCUUAAUUUUGAAACAAAGGAUCCUCUCAUUCUGUCCUGUGUGCUUACCAAUGUCUCUGCUCUCUUCCCAUUUGUCACUUACCAACCAGAGUACCUACCACAAGUACUUUCCAAGCUGUUUGCUUCAGUUACCUUUGAAGUUAUAGAAGAAAGUAAGUUUGUUAUGUCUGUCCAGGCUCCUAGAACUCGAGCAGUGAAGAAUGUGAGAAGGCAUGCAUGCUCCUCAAUCAUAAAGAUGUGUCGGGAUUACCCUCAGCUUGUCCUGCCAAACUUUGAGAUGUUGUACAACCACGUGAAGCAGCUGCUCUCCAAUGAGCUCCUUCUGACACAGAUGGAGAAGUGUGCUCUUAUGGAGGCCCUCGUCCUCAUUAGUAACCAGUUCAAGGACUAUGAGCGGCAGAAAGCUUUCCUGGAGGAGCUCAUGGCUCCUGUUGCUGGCUUAUGGCUCUCCCCAGAGAUGCAGAGAGUCCUCUCAGAUCCUGAAGCCUUUAUCUCCUAUGUGGGUGCUGACAACAAAAUUGCUGAUCCAGUCUUGGAAGAUCCCAGUGGCCUGAACUUGAGUAUCAUUACCAGGAGAGGUAUAAGCUUUUGCGUGUACACCAUUCUAGGAGUUGUGAAACGAGCUCGUUGGCCUGCUGCUCCCGAAGAGGCAAAAGCUGGAGGAUUCUUGGUGGGAUACAUGCCCAGUGGAAGUCCAAUCUACCGUAAUCCCUGCACUGAACAGGUCCUGAAGCUGCUUGACAAUUUACUUGCUCUUAUAAGGACUCACAACAAUCUCUACAUGCCAGAGAUGGUGGCUAGGCUGGGGGAAACUUUUGCAAAGGCCUUGGACAUGCUGGAGGUGGAGAAGAAUGCCAUCCUAGGUCUCCCUCAGCCUCUGCUGGAGCUUUAUGACUCUCCUGUUUACAAAACAGUCUUAGAAAGGAUGCAGGGCUUCUUUUGUACCCUCUACGACAACUGUUUCCACAUCUUGGGAAAUGCAGGCCCCUCCAUGCAGCAGGAUUUCUACACUGUUGAGGGUCUUGCCACCCAGCUCCUCAGCUCAGCUUUCAUCAACCUCAACAACAUUCCUGACUACAGACUCCGGCCCAUGCUCCGUGUGUUUGUGAAGCCCUUGGUACUCUCCUGCCCUUCAGAAUACUACGAAACCCUUGUCUGCCCCAUGCUGGGACCACUCUUUACCUAUCUGCACAUGAGGUUGUCUCAGAAAUGGCAGGUGAUCAACCAGCGAAGCAUGCUCUGUGAGGAUGAUGCUGCAGAUGACAACCCCGAGUCUCAGGAGAUGCUUGAGGAACAGCUGGUGAGGCUGCUGACCCGAGAAGUCAUGGAUCUCAUCACUGUUUGCUGUGUUUCUAAGAAAGGUGUUGAGCAUAACACUACUGCUGCUGUAGAUGGAGAUGAUGAUGAGGCCAUGGCCACGGAGGUGACUCCCCCUGCCAGCGCAGAGCUCACCGAGCUCGGCAAGUGUCUGAUGACACAAGAGGAUGUUUGCACAGCACUGCUGAUCACUGCCUACACAUCUCUCUCCUGGAAAGACACCUUGUCCUGCCAAAGAACUACAACACAGCUUUGCUGGCCGCUGCUCAAACAGGUCCUUCAAGGAAACCUGCUGCCCGAUGCUGUGUCCUGGUUCUUUGCAAGCGUGCUGAAGGGCUUACAGACACACGGGCAGCACAAUGGCUGCAUGGCAGCUCUUGUCCACCUGGCUUUCCAGAUCUACGAGGCCUUGCGCCCUCGCUACACUGAGCUGAAGGCAGUGAUGGAGCAGAUCCCAGACAUCCAGAGGGACUCUUUGGAGCAGUUUGAUUCAAAGCUUCUCAACCCAACACUGCAGAAGGUGGCAGACAAGCGCCGGAAGGAUCAUUUCAAGCGCCUCAUCACAGGUUGCAUUGGGAAGCCCCUUGGGGAGCAGUUCCGCAAGGAGGUUCAUAUCCGGAACCUCCCAUCUCUCUUCAAAAAGGUCAAGCCAUCACUGGAGGUGGAUGUGCUAGAAAAUGAGGAUGGAGAGGGCCUCACUGCACUCUUUGAGUCCUGAGCCUGGGAUGCUGCAACCAUCUCCUCUUCUACCUUUUAUUUUGUCUCUCCUCAUAGUAAGCACAUUAGAUUCUUCUCAUCAUCACCUCCACAAACAUUCAUCUGAAUAAAGCCCCUUA